AUGACAGGAUUUUGGCAACUUCUUUCCGAUGGAAAGAUCGGCACAGAAAAGUCUAAUGGAAAAUCUUCGACGUCUGAACGACAUCCCUACCAAGUAGCAUUCUUUUAUCAAAUCAACGGUAAAAACUAUAUUUACGCUCAUAGCACAAAUACACUUAAAUGGUAUAUUAAAGAGCUAUCCGAUAAUGGUAAAAUUGGCGAAGAAACUGCAAGUGGGAUUCGAGAGAACUCUUAUCAUGUCGCAUUUCCUUUUAAAAUUGAAGGGCGGACUUAUUAUUAUGCCCAAAAUGUUGAUUCCAAUUGUUGGUAUAUUCAAGAAUUAAUUGAAGGAGGACAGUUAGGAGAAGAAACUGAUCAAGGACAAUGGCUAAAUGCUUAUCAUGUAGCUCUUCCCUUCACGAUUAACGGAAAAACGUUCCAUUAUGGUCAUAAUAUCGAUUCGAAUUACUGGUUUAUCCAAGAGUUACUGGAAGGUGGAAAAAUGGGCGAAGAAACCGCAAAUGGAACUUGGCAAAAUGCACAUCAUGUUUCCUUCCCUUAUCAUAUUAAAGAUAAACAUUAUUUUUACAUGCAUAAUACUACUAAUCGUUGUUGGUGGAUUGCAGAAUUACAUAGCAAUGGUGCGAUUGGACAAGAGACGGCGCGUGGAAAUUGGAAAAGUUCCUUCCAAGUCUCAAUUCCAUUCCAAAUAAAUGAAAAGGUUUAUUAUUAUGCUCAUAAUACUCAUACUAAACAUUGGUAUAUUCAAGAACUUACUCAAGAUGGAAAGAUGGGUUCGAAGUCGGCAAAUGGUACUUGGCGUAAUUCUUAUCCCGUGAUUUUUGCCGCAAAAAUCAAAAACAAGUCUUUUAUAUAUGCACAAUGCUAUGAAUAA